UGAGUUGUGUUUCUAUUUUACACACUGCUGACAUGUCUAACAGAUGUGUUGUGUUUUGUGUUUUCCUCGCAGGAUUUUGCUUCAUUUCAUGGAAACGCUCGUUAAUAGGUGUUGGAGAUGCUCUGAAGUUGGCAGGACGUGGACUGAUAUUUCUGGGCAUCUUCACAUGGCUGAUUCACAUAUUCCCACGACUGAAAUUUUUGUUCUUUCCAGUAUGCCAAGAACUGCCAGACAGCCCAUUACAUGAAUCUGGCAGAUUAAAACAAGAGCGAGUUCGAAGAAUUCAACAACAUAAACACAAUGACAAGAUAUCUGUCUAUGUUGAGACUGUGUUAAAGCCGAGACAGACGUCAUUACUCAAUCAGAAAAUGGAACGAAACCAUCGCAUGAGCGGAGAGAUGUGGAAACUCAGCCAAGGUUUUUCUGUCGGGGGUGAAGAGAAUCAAACACAUGAUGAUGUUGAUGAGACUCCUAAUGAGAGAUCUAAGAGGAGACGUAAGCCGCUGCAGACUGCUGCUCAAGCUCCUGUCCAACAGGAAGUACCCAAACACAAGAAGGAGGGCACAGUUAUUGUUUUGCCUGAGGAGCCGUCAGAAGACACUGAUGGGGUUAUAAAUAUUGCCCUAAGAUGUCCAAGCGGAAGAACCGUUUACAGAAGAUUCCUCAAAACGUGGAGCUCUCUGCUUCUUCUCGACUGGAUGAAGAAAUCUGGAUAUCAUCCUGCGCUCUACACACUGUGUACACCCUACCCCAGAAAAGCCCUGCUGCCCACAGCAGAUGCGAGUCUGGAGGAGGCCGGGAUAUUCAUGGACACAGUGCUGAAUAUAGAGAGCAAAGAUCCUUCCACUACAUGAGAAUAUUCACCUGGAUUUGAUAAGACAGAAUGCAGCUAUUUCCGGAACCCAGAAUGACUUUUUAUUAGUCUCCCUGGUUUAAAAUGAAUACAUGCACACACAAAUUCAGUUUAAUUCUCCACAUACACUAUAAUCAGAACAAAUUGUUCAAGCAUGUCUGUCAUUUCAAUGAAAAAUACUGCAGUCUGCAUCUUCAAGGAAUACAGAAUGGGGGAAUCUCACACAAAAAGUAGUAUUGUACUGCCUUCCAUUUAUGCUGAUUUUAAUAAAAAAAAAAAAAUACAAAUACA